GCUCCGUACCCCACCGGUGCCUGGCAGCCAAGCAGGGACCAUCACAUCCGACCCUGUGCAUGGUGUUUCGCUGGAUCUGAGCUUUUAGUACACGUUAAGUCCCUCGGGUCCCACAGACCCUUACCAUUAUGCCCCAGGCGACUGCGCUUGGCACCCUGGUGCUAUUGCUUCUGCCACUGCUGAUGCUGCUCCCCUGCGGUACUGGGGUGCUUGGGGUCAACUCGGAUGUCGCCUUGGACUCCUGGGCUUUGGAAGAUGAGGAGGGCACGGAGCAACAGCUGCAUUACCACGACCCCUGCAAAGCGGCUGUCUUCUGGGGAGACAUUGCCCUGGAAGAGGAGGACCUGAAGUUAUUUCACAUCGACAAGACUGAAGACUGGACGAAGCCGUCCACAGAGGAAAUGACACACAACACUGGUGGGCUCGAGGAGCCAUCUGCAAGGUGGCCAAACGUCACAGCCUCCAACACCAGCGUCCAGGCGACAGGAAAGGAUGGCAAGGAUGACGCCACAUUUCUGCCUGGCCUUGGGACCUCAGACACCACAUCUAAGACCUUUUCUGCCAGGGUCCGGAGAGCCACAACCUCAAGGACAGAGCGGAUAUGGCCUGGAGGAGUCAUUCCUUAUGUUAUCGGAGGGAAUUUUACUGGCAGCCAGAGGGCCAUUUUUAAACAGGCCAUGAGACACUGGGAGAAGCACACCUGUGUGACCUUCGUCGAGAGGACAGAUGAGGAGAGCUUCAUUGUGUUCAGCUACAGGACCUGUGGCUGUUGCUCCUAUGUGGGACGCAGAGGAGGAGGCCCCCAGGCCAUAUCCAUUGGGAAAAACUGUGACAAGUUUGGAAUUGUGGCUCACGAGCUGGGCCACGUGGUUGGGUUCUGGCAUGAACACACUCGGCCAGACCGAGAUCAGCAUGUCACCAUCAUCAGAGAAAACAUCCAGCCAGGUCAAGAGUAUAAUUUCCUAAAGAUGGAAGCCGGCGAGGUGAGCUCCUUGGGAGAGACCUACGACUUCGACAGCAUCAUGCACUAUGCCCGGAACACCUUCUCAAGAGGAGUUUUCUUAGACACCAUCCUACCCCGUCGAGACGACAAUGGCGUCAGGCCAACCAUUGGCCAACGCGUGCGGCUCAGUCAGGGAGAUAUAGCUCAAGCCAGGAAGCUGUACAAGUGCCCAGCAUGUGGGGAGACACUACAGGACACAACAGGAAACUUUUCGGCGCCUGGUUUUCCAAACGGCUACCCCUCCUAUUCCCACUGUGUCUGGAGGAUCUCUGUCACCCCAGGGGAGAAGAUCGUCCUAAAUUUCACAUCCAUGGAUCUGUUUAAGAGCCGUCUGUGCUGGUACGAUUACGUGGAGGUCCGGGAUGGUUACUGGAGAAAGGCCCCGCUGCUGGGGAGGUUUUGCGGCGAUAAGGUACCCGAGUCCCUCGUCUCCUCAGACAGCCGGCUGUGGGUGGAAUUCCGGAGCAGCAGCAGCAUCCUGGGCAAGGGCUUCUUUGCGGUAUAUGAAGCCGUGUGUGGGGGAGACAUUACCAAAGAUGCCGGCCAAAUCCAGUCUCCCAACUACCCUGACGACUACAGACCUUCCAAGGAAUGUGUGUGGAGGAUCACAGUGGCGGACGGCUUCCAUGUGGGUCUUACCUUCCAAUCCUUUGAGAUUGAAAGGCACAACAGCUGUGCCUAUGACUAUCUGGAAAUCCGCGACGGUCCCACAGAGGAGAGCGCCCUGAUUGGCCACUUCUGUGGCUACGAGAAGCCAGAAGCUGUCAAAUCCAGUGCCAACCGACUGUGGGUGAAGUUUGUGUCCGACGGUUCCAUCAAUAAAGCAGGCUUUGCAGCCAAUUUCUUCAAGGAGGUGGAUGAGUGUUCCUGGCCAGACCAUGGUGGGUGUGAGCAACGCUGUGUGAACACACUCGGCAGUUACACAUGUGCCUGUGACCCUGGCUACGAGCUGGCUGCUGACAAGAAGGCAUGUGAAGUGGCCUGUGGCGGAUUCCUCACCAAGCUGAAUGGCACCAUCACCAGCCCCGGGUGGCCGAAGGAGUACCCCACAAACAAGAACUGUGUCUGGCAGGUGGUGGCUCCCACGCAGUACCGCAUCUCCCUGCAGUUUGAAGCCUUUGAGCUGGAAGGCAAUGACAUCUGUAAGUAUGACUUCGUAGAGGUGCGCAGUGGCCUGUCCCCGGACGCCAAGCUUCACGGCAAGUUCUGUGGCUCCGAGACGCCCGAGGUCAUCACCUCGCAGAGCAACAACAUGCGUGUGGAGUUCAAGUCCGACAACACGGUCUCCAAGCGAGGCUUCAGGGCCCACUUCUUCUCAGACAAGGACGAGUGUGCCAAGGACAAUGGCGGCUGCCAGCAGGAGUGUGUCAACACGUUCGGGAGCUACCUGUGCAGGUGCGGGAACGGGUACCGGCUACAUGAGAACGGGCAUGACUGCAAAGAGGCUGGCUGUGCAUACAAGAUCAGCAGUGCAGAGGGGACCCUGAUGAGCCCCAACUGGCCCGACAAAUACCCCAGCCGGAAGGAAUGCACCUGGAACAUUUCGUCAACCGCAGGCCACAGGGUGAAAAUUACAUUCAAUGAGUUUGAGAUUGAGCAGCACCAGGAAUGCGCCUAUGACCACCUGGAACUGUACGAUGGGACGGACAGCCUGGCCCCUGUCCUUGGCCGAUUCUGUGGCAGUAAGAAGCCAGAGCCUGUGGUGGCUACGGGCAGCAGCCUGUUUCUCAGGUUUUACUCAGACGCCUCGGUGCAGAGAAAAGGCUUCCAGGCUGUGCACAGCACAGAGUGCGGGGGCAGAUUGAAGGCCGAAGUGCAGACCAAAGAGCUCUAUUCUCAUGCCCAGUUUGGGGACAACAACUACCCGAGCCAGGCCCACUGUGACUGGGUAAUAAUGGCCGAGGACGGCUACGGAGUGGAGCUGGUAUUCCGGACCUUUGAAGUCGAGGAGGAGGCAGACUGUGGUUAUGACUACAUGGAGGCCUACGAUGGUUACGACAGCUCGGCGCCCAGGCUUGGCCGCUUCUGCGGCUCAGGGCCAUUAGAGGAAAUCUACUCUGCAGGGGAUUCUCUGAUGAUCCGGUUCCACACAGACGACACCAUCAACAAGAAAGGCUUUCACGCCCAAUACACCAGCACCAAGUUCCAGGAUGCCCUGCACAUGAGGAAAUAGCGUCCGGGUCCUGGGAAGACAGAGUCUAGGGAUGCUUUAAACACCUGGGAAUGAGUAGCCCCCAGUGUACAGUAUUUUUCUCAACAGCAAACACUCAAACUACGUCCUUGAAACUAUAUAUCUGGGUGAAAGUACCUGCCUUUGGCCUCCAGGAAGAGAACCAGUGUCCUGUUGGUUCCGGCUGCAGUGUU